CCCAUCACCGAAGGAUACCAUCCGCGAACCUGAUUCCCGCCCAACGACUCUCCGACGCCCUGGUCCGCGGGUCGCCACCGUGUUCGUCCAAUCCUCCGGCGUCAUUCCAUUGAAGGUAUAACUUUGAAUCCGGAUAGAUGAGUCUUGUGACGGAUUCGCCAGUGCAUUCAUCUAGCAGUGAUGACUUCGCAUCCUACCUCGACACGCAGUUAGCUUCUGGUUCUUCUGGUUCAUCGGCCAAUGACGAAACUGACGAUGAGAGUGAUCAUGAAAGCGAAAGGAUAAAGAGGGGCAAGGUGGAGAACCUGGAAAUUUUAGAGGAACCUGAGGGGUCAACUUCAGGCGAAUAUUCAGAACAAAUUGUUGAGACAACCAUUAAGCAGGAUUCGUGUUCACAUCCUGGUUCUUUCGGGGGACUGUGCAUGCGUUGUGGGAAACGCCUUGAAGAGGAAUCAGGUGUAACAUUUGGCUAUAUACACAAGGGUUUAAGGCUUGCUGACGAUGAAAUUGCUCGGUUGCGGAAUACUGACUUGAAAAAUUUGCUGCGUUACAAAAAGCUUUACUUGAUCCUUGACUUAGAUCAUACAUUGCUUAAUUCAACUUCGCUUGCGCAUAUUUCUCCGGAGGAGGAACACCUGAGAGGCAAAGUAGAUUCUUGGCAAGACGUCUCUAAAGGCAGCCUCUUCGUCUUGGAGCAUAUGCAUACGAUGACCAAGUUGAGACCCUUUGUGCGGACCUUCUUAAACGAAGCUAGUGAUAUGUUCGAGAUGUAUAUAUACACAAUGGGUGAUCGAUCCUACGCCCGGGAAAUGGCUAAGCUACUUGACCCCAAAAGAGAGUACUUCCAUGAAAGAGUGAUCUCCCGAGAUGAUGGUACCCAAAGACACCAAAAAGGUCUUGAUGUGGUGCUGGGCCAAGAAAAUUGUGUACUGAUAUUAGAUGAUACAGAACAGGCAUGGACAAAGCACAAGGACAAUUUGAUACUGAUGGAAAGAUAUCAUUACUUUGCUUCAAGCUGUCAACAAUUUGGAUUCUCAUGUAAAUCACUUUCGGAGAUGGAGACGGAUGAAAGCGAGAGUGAUGGAGCCCUUGCCAUUGUUAUGGGAGUCCUCAAACGGAUCCAUACCGUAUUUUUUCAUGAACUUGAGGACGAGUUUGCUGGCAGAGACGUUAGACAGGUUUUGAAGAUGCUCCGCAAGGAAGUCCUUGAAGGCUGUAAGAUCGUCUUCAGCCGCGUGUUCCCAACCAACUUCCCUGCCUGCCACCACCAGCUGUGGAAGAUGGCGGAGCAGUUGGGAGCCACGUGCACGGUGGACCUCGACGAUUCGGUGACCCACGUGGUUGCAACGGAUGCCGGGACGGAGAAGUCGCGCUGGUCGGUCAAGGAAAAGAAGUUGCUGGUCCAUCCGCGGUGGAUCGAAGCUUCCUACUAUUUCUGGAAGAGGCAACCGGAAGAGAGCUUCGUAGUUGAAAAAAAAGCCAGUAGUAGUUAGUAUUCAUCGGUUCGAGGAUGAGUAGAUAGACACUUGGUAGUCAGAUUCAUCUAGUGACUUUGACAAAUUCCAUAGCUGAUUUUAUUCCUGGUGCAUGUAAAGUCUUAAUAGUUUUUGCUUGCUGGCUCCUAGUGGUUGAAGAAUAAGCUUAGGGAAAACUUUUGGCUCAGGAUUUGGACCAUUCCUCUGUCUGGAAUGGCAAUGGAAAACUUAGGUUCAGAUA